GAGUUCGGGCCGCCAGCAUCUGUCCCUUGUGCGCGCCAGCCAGUGCGCGGGGUGGGCGGCUGCUGCUCUGGGCCAGCGCCAGAGCCGGGCGCCAGUGAUUGGCAGCCCCCAGCCUCAGCCCUGGUGCGUCCCCCAACCCUAGGCGAAAUUCUGUCCCCGCCUGCUCCUCCCCGCCCAGCGGGUGCCUGGCUUGAGGCGGGAUCCCGUCCCACACUUCCCGCCGGCGCCGAGGAAGGUACAAGUGGCUGCGACAGGCGCGGUUCUCCCUGAGAGCGAUCAUGAAGAUCGAGUUUGCGCCGCUCAACAUCCCGCUGGCGCGGCGGCUGCAGACCGCGGCAGUGCUGCAGUGGGUGGUGACCCUCUUACUGCUGGUUCAGGUGUGUGUUGGCAUCUUUGUGAUACUGAUUAUAUACAACUAUUGGUUCCUUUACAUCCCUUAUUUGACAUGGCUUUACUUUGACUGGCGGACCCCAGAGCAAGGAGGCAGGAGAUCCAACUGGAUCAGAAACUGGCCUGUUUGGAAGUACUUUAAGGACUAUUUUCCAAUUCAUCUCAUGAAAACUUGGGAUUUGGAUCCCAGUCACAACUACCUCUUUGGGUUUCACCCCCAUGGAAUAUUUACGGCUGGAGCCUUUGGAAAUUUUUGUUCCGCCUACUCGGACUUCAAGGACCUGUUUCCUGGCUUCACUGUGUAUCUUCAUGUGCUCCAGUGUUGGUUCUACUGUCCUCUCUUCCGAGAAUAUCUUAUGAGUAAUGGGGCUGUUUCGGUGUCGAAGGAAAGUCUGUCUUAUGUGUUGAGUCAGGAGGGAGGUGGAAACAUUUCAGUCAUUGUCCUUGGGGGUGCCAAAGAAGCACUGGAUGCCCAUCCAGGAAAAUUGACUCUGGUCAUCCGCCCAAGGAAAGGAUUUAUUAAAAUUGCUUUGACUCAUGGUGCUCAUUUGGUCCCAGUGUUUUCUUUUGGUGAAAAUGAUCUGUUUAAACAAAUUAACAACCCUGAGGGCUCAUGGCUUCGGACUGUUCAAGAAAAGCUGCAGAAGAUCAUGGGGUUUUCUUUGCCACUGUUUCAUGCCAGAGGAAUUUUUCAGUACAGUUUUGGCUUCAUUCCCUAUCGGAAACCUAUCCACACUGUUGUUGGCCGCCCCAUUCCCGUUCAGCAGACUCUGCACCCAACGCCAGAGCAGAUUGAAGAGCUGCAUCAGACCUAUAUGGAGGAACUAAGGAAAUUAUUUGAGGAGCACAAGGGGAAGUAUGGAAUUCCAGAGCAUGAAACUCUCAUUUUUAAAUGAUUUUACUCUUGUAAGGCAUUAAGGAGCACAAGAGAACAACCCUUGAAAGAAUAAACACUUUAAAUAAGUUUA